CGCUCCCCCGACACUUUGCAGACGCUCCCUGCCGCCGGGCAUGGGCACCGUCGCCGCCUUCGGUCCCCGGGCCGGAUUCCGUUCCGUUCGCGGGUGGUGCCUCUGAGGCGCUUACGUGUCCCGGUCCACUGGAGGCCGCGCCAUGAAUGACCGAAACAGUCGGAGGAAGACAUUGAAGAAGGACGAUGAGGCCUUUGACAUCGCCAUCCCCUUUGACGAGUCGCCCCACCUAGACCCACAGCUCUUUUACAGUCUGAGCCCCUCUCGGGGAAACUUUGAGGAGCCUCCGGAGGCUGCAUCCCCGACGGUGGCCCUGAUGAACAGUGUCAGGGCCCAGCUGCACAUGGCCCUGGAGAGGAACUCGUGGCUGCAGAAACGCAUCGAGGACCUGGAGGAGGAGAGGGACUUUUUGCGAUGUCAGCUGGACAAGUUCAUCUCCUCUGCACGCAUGGAUGCAGAGGACCACUGCCGGGUGAAGCCUGGGCCUCGGCGGGUUGAGGGCGACAGCAGGGGUGGUGCUGGGGGCGAGGCCUCAGACCCUGAGUCGGCAGCUUCCUCGAUCAGCGGAGUAUCUGAAGAAGGCAGUAAUGCCGACAGGAAGAGGCAGAGGCAGAAGGGAGGCCCCAGCCGGAGGCGCUUUGGGAAGCCCAAGGCCCGGGAGAGACAGCGGGUGAAGGACGCAGAUGGUGUCCUCUGCCGCUACAAGAAGAUCCUGGGCACCUUCCAGAAGCUGAAGAGCAUGUCACGGGCCUUUGAGCACCACCGUGUGGACCGCAACACGGUGGCGCUGACCACACCUAUUGCAGAGCUGCUCAUUGUGGCCCCCGAGAAGCUGGCGGAGGUGGGCGAGUUCGACCCCUCCAAGGAGCGUCUGCUUGAGUACUCACGCCGCUGCUUCCUGGCCUUGGACGACGAGACCCUCAAGAAGGUGCAGGCCCUCAAGAAGAGCAAGCUGCUGCUUCCCAUCACCUACCGUUUCAAGCGGUGAUCCCGCCCCACCUGGCCUGGGACACGCCCUCCGGCUCCCACUUCCCUUCCCCUCCACCCUACCUGGCACAUGGGCGAGUGUGUGCCUGAGUGGUGUGCCCUCUCUAGGGCCUGGGGGUGGACUGUGUGUUCCUGUGUGUGCCUCUCUCCUCCCCAUCCUGUAGACCCCCACUCCCACCCCUGGUCCCUUCUAUAUAGACCUGUCCUCCUUGCCUCCCACAUUCCCAGCAUCCUCUCCUUCCUCUGCAUUCCCAGCGUUGGGGGGUCCUCAUUUAGCCAGGCUCCCAAGAGCUACUGCCCAGGUGCUGGGUUCUGCCCUUUCCGAAACACUGGCACCCUUCCUGCCCUCACUGGGCCCUUCCUCCUAGGAAAACUGCAGGAUUCUAUGGGGCAGGGGGCACUGUACAUACCCGUUCUCCGCCCCCAGCCCCCAGGACCCUCAUUCCGUGCCCCCCCCCAGGUCCACGUGAGACAGAUUAUUAUUCAGAGAAUUUAAAUUAAAAAGACGAUAAAAUUUGGAAUAAA